GCCAAUGACCUCGAGCAAUCUUCUCUCGAUUGCCCUCUGAGGACGUGAACAAACCAUGUCUUGCGUGAUAGGGAUAGGUUAGAUUGGCAUCACCUGCAUUGGGAUUGCCAGAGGUGUCAGCAUGCACCACAACUGGCCGCAUCCGUUAGUCUAGCCAGGCUCCAGACUCUAGCUCUGGUACGGACCGUCGAACAGCCUCGCAAGCAGUAUUGAUGUACCAUGGACCAAGAUCGGGGAUUGUAGGUCUGCCAAGGAGAAUGAAUUCGAGAAAACAACCUGAUGCUCGUAAACACCAGCCCCAACCUUUCCCUAUGGGACGGGGCGAACCAGCGGGCUGAUCUUGAGCACCUGAUGGUCGACGGACCGGAAGUUUCUACACCCCAGAACCCCACAAGUAUAAGAGCAUCCUGAUUGCCAUCUUUUCGAGUCGCGUUGGCAUCCAUCUCCCCCCUAACAAAUCCAUCUUCGCAAUCAAGCAAGCAAGCAAGCAAGAAAAGAAAAAUCGGCCAUGCCGGAACAAAACAACAACGGCCUGCACUCCUUCAAGACCAAUGCCGAGGUGGCUGUUAUGGCCGGCAGCGGUGUCUAUGCUGCCAACGAACUCGGCAAGGCAAUCUCCGAGGACUACAAGGACGCCAACGAACACUAUGUGAAGGCUGCCGUUGGCGCCGUCGUCGCCGUCGGAGCCUACCAGCUUCUCAAGAAGCAGAAGCGGGAGCGUGAGGACGACGACUACGAGAGCAGCGACGACGAGGGCCAUCACCAUCGCCAUGAGCCACGGCCCCGUCGGUACUCGCACCAUGAACAUCACCACGAACACGAGGAGCCAGGUCAUCACCGCCGGCUCUUGGAGGAGGCUGUGGGAGCGUACAGUUUGGGAAAGGAGCUCUUGGGCGACAGGCGGCACCACGUCAUCCACCUGAUCACCGAGGCCUUGGGAGCCGUUGCCGCCGUGAAAGAAGCCAACGACAGGGGCAAAGAAGCCCGGGAACGGGAAAUUUGAUAUCAGUCAGGGGCCGGGAAGGAUGGAUUUGGGUUGUUGAGUUGGAUGGAAAGGAAACCAAGGCAAGAGACCAUCUCGCCGGACGCAGAUUGCCAGCGUCAUUUGAGCGACUUUUUCGAGCCUUUUUGGCGGUCCACAGCACGUCUGGAGCUUGUAAUGACAGCGGAUUGAGUGGUGAUCACGUGGACGUGUCUUGGCAUCGACCGCAUCGACAGCGACAGCGCAGGCCUUUCAACAACUGCUGGUUUCCCCUCUACUACCUCCUCUGACCAUCAGCUACUAGCGAUUUGGGGACCAUAAUGACCUUCUAAGCGAUCAUUGUAUUUUAUCUUCCAUGAGUCUCAAGUUCAGGGCCGAAGUUCAGGGCCGAGUUUCAAGUAGCAAGCAAACCUUCAACAGUUGUGGCGUGAGGAGAAAAUCCAGGACUUGCA